UCCCAUAGAUACACUUCCAUCACAUCAACUCAACCACCAUGGCCAAGUUUCAAGUUAUCCUCGUGGUUGCUGCUCUAAGCCUGCUUGCCGCAUCCGAGGCCCAGCAGCAGCGCUACUCGCAGCGCUUGAGCCGCGGACGCUCGAGGUACUCCGCUCGCCAGGAGCUGGCUCCCGCGGACGGCGGUGAUCCGGACGCCGUGACGCCCUAUCCCUCGGCCGACGAGCUGAAGCCGGAAGUGCCCUUCGAUGAGGCGGCGGCUCCCUCGGCCGCUGAGCCCACACCGGAUGCCGUUUACGGACCGCCCGAUGCUGCGCCCAACAACGCUCCCGAUGAGGUGUACGGCCCACCGGACGUGACCGGAAACGAUCUGCCCGCCGCUGACAUUCCGGCCGAGCAGGCUCGCUUGGUAGCUGCCAGGAGGGCGGCUAACUACCGGAGAGCCGCCCAACCCGUGGCCUACCGUCGUCUGGCUUCCGCUGCAGCACGUCCGGCCAAGUUGAGCGCCGCCCGCUCCACCGUGCGACGCUUCUAGAAUAAAAUGCAGCCAACUCAAAACAAAAACCCAUGACGAUCCAACCGAGACACGAUGACGACAAAGCUACACACGCGCACACUUUUUCACCUGAACACACCGAUACAUAUACA